GUUUACCUGCUGCUGCUGCUGGGAUCACCCUGUGCCACCCCCCUCUCCACCUACACACCCCCCUCCCUCCCUCCAUCACCGGUACCUUCCUCCCUCCUGCUUCAUUUAAAUUCACAUCAAACCCCCGACCCCUUCCCUCUGUACUCCGCAGGGCACGCACAGACCCUCCUUUCAAAAAAAAAUAUAAAUUAUAUAUUUUUGUUUUAAAUUUUUUCUCUCUCUUCUGUGUGAUCCCCCCCCCCGGGGGGCGGCACCCCACACACCCGUUUCAUGCAUGAGCGGAGGACGCUUUGAUUUCGACGAUGGCGGGGCGUACUGCGGAGGCUGGGAGGGCGGCAAGGCUCACGGCCACGGCAUCUGCACCGGACCCAAGGGCCAGGGCGAGUACUCGGGCUCCUGGAACUACGGCUUCGAGGUGGUCGGCGUCUACACCUGGCCCAGCGGCAACACCUACCAGGGUUACUGGUCCCAGGGCAAGAGGCACGGCCUGGGCUCGGAGACCAAGGGCCGCUGGGUCUACAAGGGCGAGUGGACCCACGGCUUCAAGGGCAGGUACGGGGUCAGGCAGAGCCAGGCCAGCGGGGCCAGGUAUGAGGGCACCUGGAAUAACGGCCUCCAGGACGGUUACGGCACCGAGAAGUACGCGGAUGGAGGUACAUACCAAGGCCAAUUUACAGGAGGGAUGCGCCAUGGAUAUGGAGUGCGCCAAAGCGUUCCCUAUGGUAUGGCCACCAUGAUCCGCUCGCCACUGAGGACCUCGCUCACCUCCCUUCGUAGUGAGCACAGUAAUGGAACCGUGCUGCAACUCGAGCCACCGGCUGACUCUCUGACUUUGGCCACCCCCUCUGCUGCUGCUGCUGUCUCGGCCUCUGCCUCUGCCUCCACCAUUGGGCCGAGCCGUGGUGGCUUCGCCCUGAGCCUCCAGAGUGCUGGUGAUGCUGAGCAAAAACCUAAGAAGAAGGGUCUGUUCCGGCGGGGUUCACUGCUUGGCAAGCUGAGGAAGAGCGAGUCCAAGAGCUCUCUGUCCAGUCAGAGGAGCAAACUCAGCUUUCUCAGGAGUGAUGCCGGCCUCAGCUCAGCUGCCAGUGAUGCCAACUCGACUGUCAGCCUGGGUGAAAGUGGUGAUGACUUCCCGCCUGUUGAGUCUGACAUUGAUGCCACCACGACUGAGAGCUACAUGGGCGAGUGGAAGAAUGACAAGCGCUCGGGAUAUGGGGUCAGUGAGAGGUCAAGUGGCCUCAAGUACGAGGGUGAGUGGCACGACAACCUAAGGCAUGGCUAUGGCUGCACCACCUUCCCAGACGGCCAUAAAGAAGAAGGCAAAUACAAGAACAAUGUGCUGGUCAAGGGCAAGAAGAAGCACCUGAUACCAUUGAGGACCAACAAGCUGAGAGAGAAGGUGGAAAGGAGCAUGGAGGGGGCGCAAAGGGCAGCAGCUAUUGCACGGCAAAAGUCAGAGAUUGCCUUGUCCAGAUCUUCACAUGCAAAAACCAAGGCUGAAGCAGCAGAUCAGGCUUCACAGGCUGCAAGUAAUGAAUCCAGUAUUGCAAGGGCAACCGCCAAGGAGCUGUCUCCAACUUUUUACCAGCCAGGUCCUGAAUAUCAGAAAAGAAGAUUGCUUCAGGAACUGAUAGAAAAUGGAAAUAAUGUAGAAAUUACAGACCAGGAGCCUCCAUCAAUCGAAGAGCCUCCACCUACACCUCCAGAGAGCCCUGGACUCCAUGAGAAAGCCACAACUCCACUUGAGUCCUCUCCUGCUGGCACCCCUUCUCCAAGUCCUUUGGAGACACCACCAGAGGUUAGAAAAGUUAGAGGAUCAAAUCCCAAGAUGGAGGACUCAAGCCACUUGAGUCCUGGCAACUGGAAUGGUGAGCAAAAUAAAAGUAACCGGUCCACCAGUCAUCCUGGAACACCUUCUGGUUUAUCGACCUUGCAAAUUGAGAACAGGUCAUCUGCCAAUGACCGAAAUCCUCUCAGGACCUCCAGUCUCCAGAACAACAGAAGAACCCCUACUAAACUGGAGGAGCAACUACAAAACAACUAUGAUUUAGACAUAAAGCCUCUGGAAAGAAUUGAAAGUAAGCCUAAUACAAAUCAAACGAUCAAAGCAAGAGAACCCAUCCCACCACAUCAGCUGCAUGAUGCUAAAUUCCAUGAUAGCUACCACAGUUAUGCUGUGCGGACACAAUUGGGACCUCCUCCUUUAGAUUUAGUGGAUGAUGAAACUCCUGUAAAAUUAUUGUCAGUUAAGCAAGAAGCACACCCAGCAAAACCUUUAACACCAGAGCCAAAAGCAGAGAUCAAAGCAAAAAAGCCUGAACCGGAACCAAAGCCAGCGCCUCAAAUGCAAGAAAAAGUACCGCUUCCUAAACAGGAAAAACACUCACAACCCUGGCCAGAAUCCAGACCUCAGUCUAAGUCUGAACCCAAGCCUGGGCUUAAACCGAUGUCAAAACCAGUACCUAAACUAAUAACACAACCUGACACAGCAGGGAAAGAAGUAGCAGACGUGGCACCAUUUGAUCAGGGACCUAAUACCAUUAUGAUUGCCAUGGUCAUUCUGUUGAACAUUGGCCUAGCUGUCUUGUUUGUUCAUUUCCUAACAUGACAUGUUUGUAAGAAGCUCUUGCGCUCCUUUUCCCAAUGAGAAUAAGGAAGACGACGUUUGGAAAAUUAAACAUCCUGCAAGACUCGACACAAAGACACUGCAGAGUCUGAUUACACUGGCCCCUUCUGAAGACUUCCUUGAUCUGUUUGCUGUCACCAGUUUGUGCCCUACAAUUUUGGAAAUGAGAUACAUUGGAAGAUCUACAUCUGACCUGAAUUUAUUUGUAGAAACUAACAACUGCCUUACCUUAUGCCUGUGUUUAUAUUAUACAGUACUAGCUGCCAAGGAUUGUGCUUGAAAGCUUGAAUUAUUCUAUUGUAUAAAGGGAUGGGAGGAGAGAAAAACACUUAUAGAAAAGAAAAGGUUGACUUAGAUAAGGUAGAUCUUGCUCACAUAUUUUUGUAGGCUUGAUGACAUUUUUGGUUAAUCUAGGUACAAUGAAAAGAAGAAUUCAAUAUGAAUAUUGCUGUACAUACUCAACUCUUAAGUCCAAAAGAUUUAGGGCUAUAUUUUCCUCUGUUCAUUAUUCCUGGUGAAAGAAAGUAAAGUGGUGUUUCCCAUUUUAUACACAUUUUUUUCUCCACUGAACAUAACAGAGGACAGUACUUUCUUAGAGAUUGUCUUUUGGAAAAAGAUUAUGGAUGCUUUGCACUGCAUUCAUAGGGCUUUUUAUAUGUUGUGAAGGGAAAUAUUGGUCUAUUGUGAAUUUAACACAUUGUUCUCUCUCUCUCUCUCUCUCUCUCUCUGCAUUACAGUCCUAAUCAGAUGAGUAAGAGAAUUAUGAUUCAUGUUUGUUGCAUGUUUGUCAAUGAGCUAUUUUUUCAUAAUAUUUUAAAAUUAAUUAUGCCACCUACCAUACUUAAGUCAGUAUUCAUUUUUGAGCAAUGCUGUAAUAAGCUAAGCGAAAAGGGAAUGCACAAAUCUGCUCUUAACAUCAUAAUGCUUUCAGAAUUAAAUUUAUUAAACAUUCAAGGAAGACCAGCACUACUUUGCAACAAAUUUAAUACUGCUUUACAUUUUGAAUGCCGUAUUAGUUUUUUAAAAAAAAGCAUAAUUGCAGUUAGUUACCUUAUACUUUUGACAAGACUUUUUGGCACAUCGAAGCUGUACAACUACUCAAGGUAUGAACUACAGACUUUGUUCCUCCUUCAAAUAUUAAAAAAAAUGUCUAACAGUAUUUCUGUCAAUGCAUUCAAAGUACAUCAGUCAGCUUAAACCAGCCUUGUCUCAUAGCACUAGCUACUUGAUUGCUUUCAGGGUAUUACCUUUCCAUUUUUGUGCUGAAGUACAAAAUCUUUUGAGCUGUUUUUUCUUGCCUUUCUCUGCAUGUGUGCACAUUGUAGAAUGAUAGCAUAGAUGAUUUUAAAUUUUGUUUUACAUAGGACAAGGUAUGUAUUCUUUUGCGUGGGUAUGCAUUAAGAACUGUUUUUACCUUGUAAGAUUUAUAUAUAAAAAGAUAAAAGUACCUCAGAGAUGCAUGCUUCUCCAAAAUUUUGAUUGAAAUGCUUAUUUAAUAUUUUCAGGUCUUGUUACAAGAUGAACAAUUUCACCAGCCACACUGAACUCUUAUCUUCCAGAUAUUUAUUCAAUUUCUAUAAAUAAGUAUUGGUAAUACUACUUUGUUGGGUAAUACCCCAAGAAGGAUUUUGUGGGAUGUGGUCAAGUAAAGAAACGUGUAUUUAUAUCCUGCAACAUAGUAGUUUUAAAAAUCCUCCUUAAUUUGAAUAUCCAAAAUAUUAUAUAGUAUUCUGACUGUCUUUUUUACACUGCCUCAUGAGACAAUUAAAGUGAAAUGAAUCAAAAUUAAUGUAACUGAUUCACAAGACAGUUAUUACAUUGAAUAGUUUUGACAUAGUAGACUGAGUGGGAAGUUUAGUUCAGUCAUAUUAUCAGAACCAUGAGGAUUAGUGCCUUAAAUUACAGAUUUCUUAUUGCACACAAAAUACUUCAAAUCGUAAUUUAUCUCAUUGAUUGAGUUUCAAAACUCCAUAUUGGAUGAUAUGAAUCACCAUUGUAUGACCCAGGAUCUAUAGAUACAGGAAGUCACAUGACUAAACCAUAACAACUUCCUGGAAAAUGCACUAACUUGUAAAGGUUAUAAACCAUAGUAAACCUAGUAUAUUCCAAAGCUCUAAAAUCAUGGUCUUUCUAUAAUAUUUAUUUUCUCAAUUUGAAAUAAUAAAACUGAUUUUUUUAAAAUUUUGACAGUAUUGUUGAAAAUAGUGAGUAGCAGACUGGUCACCAACUACGAAAUCUUCCCGAUUAUUGUUGCGUCUGACUCUAAUGGCAUAAACAGUUAGCGAGCAUGAUAGGCAACCAGCCUGUGGUCAUCUGUUUUCUACUAUCACUACAAGGUGAAAUCACUUGUCUGUUUGCUUAAUUUGAUGAUUAUCAUCAUGUUGGGACUGAUUUUUAACUAGUUGAGAUUGGCAUUUAUGACGAGGUAACACCAUCAGAUGGGUUUAAGAAAUUUUCUGGUCUGCUGGAAGUACUACACCGCGCCAUUUUAAAAGGGCCUUCUCAUCAAGACCCAAGGACAUGCCAAUUUCAAAUGAUAGGCAUCUUUACUGUGCAAAUCAGGGUAUAGUUAGGACCUUGAAUUCAAUUUCAAGGUGACAUGGUGGGAGAAUUUAUUGCAUACAGUUCAUUCAUGUUCCUUUCCUUUCAGCAGCUUAAACAGUGAUCUGUAAAUGGAUCCAUUCCAGAAGCUGCGCUAAAACUUUUUUCCAAAUUAAAUUUGUGCAAAGCCAGGAAGAACCGUGAUUCUCCCCGUAAGUCCAGAAAGAAACUACAAAUCAUUGAUGGUGUGAAUUUACAUCUUGCACUUUGCAACUUGCAGGGGAGAUGUAGACACAGCUAGAAAGUUGCAGCAAAAUGUUAACUGAGUGUUCAGCUUCCCUGUGUUAUACAUCUAGGGCCAGAUUUUUGCAGCUGUGGGGACUCCAGAGACUUUUAAAAAUACUAGUAGGACCCAAAUCUGGAAGUCCUGCUACACCUCCCAUUUUGGCAGUGUGAUAAAGGAUUCAGGAAUUGAUUCAGACAUGAGGGAAACCUGAACUCAACUGGGUCCUUUGAACUCUGUGCUAUGUUCAAACUGAUCCCAUUUUCAUUGCCGCAAGGGCGCUAUCCCACUGUGAGAGUUAUAACCCUUAGAGAGAUGAUAAAAGCUCGAAGGGCCUGACAAAGUAUGUAGUAUUGUAAAGUUAAAUUGCCAACCCUUUACAAAUUGAAACUGCAGAUGCUGGAGAUAUGAAGCAAAAACAGGAAAUGAUGGAGAAACUCAGCAGAUCUGGUUGCAUCUGUGAGGAGAAAACAGAGUUAAUGUUUUGCGUCCUGUGACUCUUCUGUACUGAUCCAGUUCUGAUGAAGGGCCUAAUAAUUAUGAAAACAACUGGUUCAAAAUCACAGAGAACAGAAGCAAGCCUUUCAAAGAGUCUGAAUGGUUCUGAAGAGUCACCAAACUUGAAACAUUAAUUCUGUUUUCUGUCUCCACAGAUGCUCAGACCUCGCUGAGUUUGUCUAGUACUUAUUUUUUGUUUCAACAAAAAAUGUCUAUGUCUGAGAGUUGAAGAAAAUCUGCUCAAACAGUGUGAAUAGCUGUUUUUAGAGUACUAUUAAUGAUAGGUUAUGGAAAGCAGCUAACUAUUAUUAUAAUUCGGAGGAGGGGUUUAAGUUCAUAAUUUAAUUGACAGCUCAACGCAUAGGUUAUUUAAAGAUUGCCCAUCUUUGUGUGUUUAUGAAUAAAAGUACUUAUUCUUUUAUAUAGCGCAUUAAGUACUUGAGGGGAAUUAAAUAUAUUGACAUAAUUUGAAUGGGACUUUUUUGUACUGUGGAACCUAAGAGAUUUUCUAGAACUCUAUUUUGUUUAAUAGAUCAUGGGCGUGUGUUGGCAUUGGUGCUUUUAGGGGCUGUGGGUGGGGGUUGUGAGUUGGCAUAAAUGGCAUAAGAGAUCAUGAAAGUGGGUGAGCAGAGACUGAGGGAGUAUUGUGGGUGGGAUGAAUAUGCUGUGCAUGGACAUGAGAAUUGAGUGGGGAGGUGUUAUGUUUAGAGGGCUUAAUGGUUGAAAAAAGAACUGGGACGAAACUACAGAGAAUAGAAACAAGCCUUUCAAAGAGUCCACAUAGUGGCACUCCUAUAGCCCUUGUGGUUACCUCCAAUCUGCCCGACUCCACAAUCCCAUUGCCCUCAUUUUCCCCAUCCCCUGCUUCCCUGGCACACACAUCCCAAUGGGGGACAUGCUUUCAGGAUAUGGCAAGUUGAGCUGAGAAAUUUCCCAAAUCAAACAAUUGGUAUCAGGCAGAAUUAAUCUCUAGUUUCCCACUGGCAGAAUGGCAGGUGAGGGGAAGUCAUUGUUCUCCACCAGGCAGCUGGCUGGAAUGUUUAAAAAUUACCCCUUCAUUUCCUUGUAAGGAAGCAUUUUUGGAAUUGUGCAAUAUGUCCUUCAAUCUUGGAUGCCACCGGUCUUUUUUAAAAAUAUGUCUGCUGGCCCUGAUUUCUGCACUCAGUUAAAAGUCACCCUGAUAAUUGUCACAUAUCAAGUGCCUAGACAUCCUGUAAAUAUUGCUAUGAUCGAUAUGAAUACUGCACACAGCUGUUUUGCAAUUGAACAUGAAAUUUUCAGAAUAUGGAAUCUAAUUUUAAAAUGCCUUUCUUUUUGCAUGUAAUUGAAUGCCAUGUUUUCGGUGGGGGUGAUCGGAACAGGAACUUCUGAUACGUAAAUUUUAUUCUUUGACCUAAGCAUUAUGCAGAAGUCAAGAACAGACUGGCUAAUAACAAGCAAAUAAAACAGGUUAAAAAUUAAGCUGAUUCAAAAACAGCUUUGCUGAAUAUUUCAAAGAAUGUAUACUUCUUGUGGGAUCCACAAUGAAUUACAACAAUGCAAUUGUGAUUGAACACAAAAUAUUUUAACGAAUGCUUUGACAAGCUGCCAAUCUUUAUUUCAGUUUGAUCUGGUAAAGGAAAUAAAGACAAUGGAUUUUUUUUUUGCUGAGUCGGUACCGAGCAGAUACUGUCAUCAGAUAGGCCUGCCCUUGCGUGAUAGGUUUCCAAAAUACUUGCGUGUCAAGUGCUAAAAGGGUAAGCUGAUAAUGGUGCAGGGAGAGAAAUAACGAAGCUGGGGCUUGAGUGAACAGGGCAAGAAACUGCAUAACCCUAGCUUUUUCGAAUUAGAUUGAAGCAUUGUGAACCAAACAUUGCAAGAACCGGGGAGGAACUGCAUAUUAAAAUGGAUGAAAUCAAUGCCAAAUAAUUUCCAGGAAGAGAAAUAAUCAGAGUGGGAAAGAAGGUUUAGACAAAAAGUGAGGCAAAACAUUAAAUUAAAAUUUUUACAUUUUACAAUUAAUAAAAACUUAAAACCUGAAUUAAUGAGAGUCUACACUCGUAAUGGUUAGUUUUCAGUACCAGAAAGGGUGAUUAGCAUUAAUACUUUGUUACGUUGUUAAAGGGAUACUUAGAUCGCAAAUGACAACUCCUGGUGGUGAGUGUAAUUCAUAACAACUGUGCAAACACCCGAAUUUCACAUUAGUCAAUAUACUGUCAGUGUGGAGAUUGACAGUGACAUGCCUUUUUUGUGAAGUCAGUGGCAGAGCUGAAUAUCCUGGAUAUCAGCUUUUCGAUCACCAUAUUAAAUAACCAGAGCAUUUUCACUUGAUGUUGCUGUGCCAUUUACGGAUGAAUAAUGGUGAAGGUUAUUUCCUGCUUAAUUUGCCAAUAAAUUAUGUUGAAUGUUUUGUUAUGAUUUAAGUAGAGAUCAGUAACUUAUUUUUCAAAAAAAAAAUGAAAUUCAAAAUCCCAGGUAAAUACCAAAAGAAUAAAGGCAUAAAAUUGCACAAUUUUAGACUUUUUUAAUUCAUAGAGGAGAAAAACAAAGCAAAUACUAAAUACUGUUUAAGCUAGCUAUCUUAGUUAUCUCCAUUGCUGUAGGAGGUCCUGCUGUGUAGUGGCCUAUCCCAGCCAUCUUCAGUGACUUCAUCAAUGACUUUCCCUUCAUCAUUACAUGAGAAGUGGAAUAGUUCACUGAUUGCACAACAUUAAGCACCAUCCGCAACUCUGGAUACUAGUACAUUGUGUCCAAUUGCUGCAAGUCCACUGCAACUGUCAGGCAUGGACUGAUAGGUAGCAAGUAAUUUUCAGAUCACACAAGUAUCAGACAGUGACCAUCUUCAACCAGUGAGAAUCUAAUUAUUUACACUUUUCAUUCAACUGAAUAUUAGACUAUCGACAUCCUGAGGGUUACUGUUGACCAAAACAUGAACUGCACAUGCCAUUUAAAUACAUUGGUAUAAGAGCAGGUUGAAGGCUGAAAAUUCUGAAGCAAAUAAUUCAUCUCUUAAUAUCAAAGCCUCUCCAAUUUUAAUGAAGAUCCGUAGCUGAGGUUGUGGUUGGAGUUGUUGGCUGGUUCGGCGAGUUGGCUGGUUUUUCAUGCAAAUGUUUUGUCUCCUUUCUAGGUGAUGCUGUCAGUGCUGUGUACCUCCGUUGAAGCGCUGUUGUUCUGUCCUGGUCCGGUCUGUCAUGGCAGCAAAACGGCACGACUAAUUCUUCAUUUCAAUGCACUCCAACAUAGAAGGACGUCAAUUUAACAGGGACAAAGCUAUAGUACUAGGACAAGUGAGACAAAGACAAGCACAAGAAUUCCUGGAGGCCUGGUUUUCAAUCAUUUCAACAAGUUGAAAUAGACCCCAUCUAAUACCACUACAGUACAAAACCGGAAACAAGACUGCCCACCAUGAUAAACUGGACCUUACGAAUUCAGAGCGGGACGGAACAACAGCACUUCAAUGGUGGCCACGCAGCACUGACGAUGUCACCUAGAAAUGAGACGAAACGUUUUCAUGAAAAGUCAGCUUGGCAAACCAAACAACAACUCCUUUCCAAUUCUCUAUAAGACAUGAGUCAGAAGUAUGAUUGAACACUCUACACUUCCUUACAAGAGUGUAGAUCCAAAAAAGACUGAAAAAGCUUGACACUAUAUAGGAGAAAGCAGUGGGCUUGAUUGGCAAUUGAUUCACCAUCUUUCAUACUGUCUGUCACUGAUGCAGUGACAGCAGUUUGUACCAUCUACCCAAGAUGCACUGUACCAACUCAGCAAGCCUCCUUUGACAGCACCUUCCAAAACCCUGACCUCUAGAAGGAUGAGGGUAGCAGAUGCAUGGCAACACCACCACCCAGGGCAAGUUCCCCUCCAAAUCAUACACCACCCUGUAAUGUAAUUAUGUUGCUUUUUCUUCAUUCUCAUUAGAUCAAAAUACUAGAAUUUCCUAACAGCACUACAGGUUUAAACAUGAGACAGUCUGCAGGAUCUGCAAGAAAGCAUCUCACCCCCCUCUUUCAAAGGGAAUAAGGGACGGGCUAUAAAUUCUGGCAUAGCAAGCAAUGCCCACAUCCUAUGAACUAAAAAAAACCCACAUAAUCAACAUGCAUUAAACAUGAACUAACAAAUUGCUGUUGGAUUACUAUCUGUAAAUUACACAUUAAAUGGCAACUAUAAUUAAGGUAGAUCUUGCAAAUUGGUUUAGCAGUCUAGCAUACAGAUCAGGUCAAACUCAGGCGACAAAAUCAUUAAAAACUGUGUCUUCCUGACAACGAAUUUCAUCUCCCAGGACUUGAGCUCCAUGAGCAAAGUCUUCACCAAAACUGGUAUAUGUCUCCAGAAGUUACCUCCAACUGAAAGAAAUAACUGAAGUAAAUAAUCUCUUUGCUUAUUCUUAGCUUCUCAGCCUAAUGUCUUUUAUUUGUGUUGCCUGUACUGCAUCACUGGACUCACCAAUGCAACUUUGAUAACUUUGCAUUAUGUGAACUUGUUUCAGUCAGCUCAGUUUUGGUUUCAGUUUUCUUUCCUUAUGAACUGUGUAGGUCAAUUUUGUUGCCUUGUUGCCCUAUUGAGGUCGAUCUUAAAAAAUUGCUAGUUUAAAAUCAAGAUUCCAUCAAAACAUACAACCCCAUGCAUUUUAGUCAGCAUUAUUUUAAGACCAGUAGUAAUCAGAUCAUGGUAACUGAUUAGAAAAUCUAGGCCAAAUUCUUACUUUAAGAUGAGAUUUCAAUUAGUUUUGUGAACAAAACAAAAAAGACAUAUGUUCAAGAUAAAUUUAUUCCAACUAUUUUUAUACAAGUCUCCAGACCUUUGUAAGAAAAUAUGACUUCUGUCAACCCUAUUAGAUUAUGACACUGCAUGAAACUAAAGAUUAUUUUGUAUUUUGGUGUAAUCAGAUACUUUGGACUCUGAAUGUAAUAUAUGAGAUAAACUUUGUUUCUGCUGUAGUAGAUCUGCUCCGAUGAUAUUUGUCACUUAAAAAAUAAUGACACAUACUGAGUAUAAAAUGAGAAUUUUAAGUCUAAAUUAGCUAAUUGCCACAACUGACUAAAUGUUUCCAUGUAAUUUCUUACUGCUUAUUGCUUAUCAAUAUACGAUUAAACUAGUGACGUUGAAAAGAAUAUCCAUGCUUAUUUUAUGUAGUUUUCAAACUCAAGCAUCCAUUUACUUACUGUAUGGUAGUCUCAGCAGAAUUUGCAACAUUAGAUGUAACCUUGUUAUUUACAUUAGAAUACAUUCACCAUUUAGAUGUUUUAAUACUCUUAUAUGACUCUAGACAAUUAAACUUUGUUCUCUCUUUUCUGUUACUGUUACUAUAUAUGCAAAAAAAAAUUUAGGUCCAUGUUCCACUUAUGUUCAACCUUUUCAUGGCAGUUAUUCAUAUUUUAAAUCUUCAUUCCACCUUUGGACAGGAUUUAAUCACCGAUACAGAAACCUUGAGGUAUAGAAACUAGGAGAUAAUGCAGUUAAAUUGGAAGUAACGGUGUUAUGUGUCUAUUUUUCUUGACAUAUAAAAAUCUGAGGAGUCAAAAACCAGUUUGUACUUUGCUGCAGAAAACAGCAAUAUAUGUUUUGUAUUUUUACCUGGCUGAGAACAGCAGUGACAUAAAAUACUCUGAAGUACAGCCUGUGGCCAUUUUUGGAUUUUGACAUGGAUAUAACUUAAUAUUAACAAUGUUUAACCUGUAUUUCUUUAAACUGUUAUAAUGCAUGUAUUGUUUGAUGUCUAGCUCAGGCUAACAGGAUUUUAAGUUCCAUUAUUUCUGCAAAAGACUAAAAUAAUUAAUUAUGUAAGUAAGCUAUUGUAAUUUUUAAGAUUACUUAAUUAUAGUAUUAAUUUCUUGUAAAUAAUUUUAUUGGUAUGAAAAUAUUCUUCUGAUUAGAGAAACAAUAAUGUCUUUAACAAAAUAACUGACAAGGUAGAAAUGAUUUGAUAUCUAAACCUGAGAAGUGACCUUAUCAGUAAAUGGGUUGAAUUCCAUAAAUUAAGCCUUGCUGGCAUUAGACCUGGAAAACCGGAGUUUAGUUUCCUGUUGGCUUAAUGGAAACUUGAAGCUGCAUUAAAUGUACACUGUGUGAUUGAGCUAGACGCAGAGCCUUUAUUAGUUCAGACUUGGGUCAGACUUAAUUGGAUGUUAUUUGCUCUUCUUUACUACACUGGGGGCAAUAGAUUUUUGAAAGAAGUCAAUAAAGCAACAUAUGUAAAUUGUACAAGGUCUGCAUUGUAUCUUACAGGACUUUUGAUGUGAUAGAACAAUGUUAAAUUCUAUAGGACUUUUGUUACAUUUCAGGGUUAGAUAGGGUUAGGGUCAGUCUCACCUGCGAUAUGGUUAGGGUUUGUUCAAAAUCGCAGGAUGUUGAUAUUGGCACAUGCAUAAUGAACAGUGUGAGAUUAUUCACUGAGGAUGCUGCUCAGAUAAGAAAAGGAUACAUUAUGCCAAAACUGGGACUUUGUCUCAAAAUUUCCCCUACAAAUAGGUGAGGUUGCUGAAUAGCAUCGGUAAUUUAUAUUCAUGAUAACUUCACGCCCAAACAUUAAUUUUGCUUAUAGUGUGUGUAUAUGUGUGUUGAACACAAAUUGAAGUCCAAGUGCUGAGUGACCCUCAGUUCAAUUAUGUUGCAUUUGUAGGCCUUCCAAAUAAAAAAAAACUAAAUCUGAAUUAAGGCUCCAUGGACUAACAAGAUGGCAUGAAUACUAUAAACACUAUAUAAAACUAAUCCUGCUGGUCUACUUUAUGACGAUAUUAAUGCAUUUUCUUGUUUGUAUGAACAUUUUCCCUUCACUGUUGCUUUUAAAUAAACGUACUUUUCAUUCUU